GGUGGGGAGGGGCAGUUCCUCUUUCCUUCCCAAGCACCGAGGAGGCCCCAGCUCCCUAGGGGCUAAGAAGCUGGAGCAGCGGUGAGGGGGAGGAGCUGAGCCACACUCUUGCAAGACCCUCUCCCCCCAGGAAGCAUGAACAGGAAAGACAGCAAGAGGAAGUCCCACCAGGAAUGCCCGGGAAAGACAGGGGGGCGGGACCGGCCCCGACAGGCCCGACGCCACAAGACGUGCCCCAGCCCCCGGGAAAUCAGCAAGGUCAUGGCUUCCAUGGCUCUGGGCAUGCUGAACGAGGGCGGCUGCAAUGAAGAUGAGCUACUGGAGAAAUGCAUUCAGUCUUUCGACUCGGCUGGCAGCCUGCGCCGUGGGGACCACAUUGUCAACAUGGUGCUUGCCAUGCACAGCUGGGUGCUGCCUUCUGCCCACCUUGCUGCCCGUCUGGUGACCUUAUAUCCUUCCGGGGCCUACCAGGAGGCCACGGGGAGCUCGCAGGAGCUGAGGAGGCUGCAGAUCUGUCACCUGGUCAGGUACUGGCUGACCCAGCACCCUGAGACGGUGCACCAGGAGCCCCAGUUAGAAGAGGUUAUAGGUCGCUUCUGGGGCACUGUGGAGCAGGAGGGUAACGCAGCCCAGCGGAGCCUGGGAGACUCCACUAACCUGCUGAGCCCUGGUGGCCCUGGCCCCCCUCCCCCCAUAAGCAGCCCAGGCCUGGGCAAAAAGCGCAAAGUGUCCUUGCUUUUCGAUCACCUGGAGACUGGGGAGCUAGCAGAGCACCUCACUUACCUGGAGUUCCGGUCCUUCCAGGCUAUCACGCCCCAGGACCUGCGGGGCUACGUUUUGCAGGGCUCCGUGCGGGACUGCCCAGCCCUGGAGGGAUCCGUGCGUCUCAGCAACAGCGUGUCCCGCUGGGUGCAGGUCAUGGUGCUGAGCCGUCCUGGGCCUGCACAGCGCGCGCAGGUGCUGGAAAAGUUCAUCCACGUGGCACAGAGGCUCCUCCAGCUGCAGAAUUUCAACACACUGAUGGCGGUCACUGGGGGCCUGUGUCAUAGCGCCAUCUCCAGACUCAAGGACUCCCACACCCACCUGAGCCCUGACAGCACCAAGGCCCUGCUAGAGCUGACUGAACUCCUUGCUGCCCACAACAACUAUGCCCGUUACCGCCGCACCUGGGCUGGCUGCACAGAUUUCCGGCUGCCCAUACUGGGUGUGCACCUCAAGGAUCUGGUGUCCCUGCACGAGGCACAGCCUGACAGGUUGCCUGAUGGCCGCCUGCACCUACCCAAGCUCAACAGCCUCUACCUGCGGCUGCAGGAGCUGGCAGCCCUCCAGAGGCAGCACCCCCCCUGCAGUGCCAAUGAGGAUCUCCUGCAUCUGCUCACGCUUUCCCUGGAUCUCUUCUACACGGAGGACGAGAUCUAUGAGCUUUCUUAUGCCCGGGAGCCCCGCUGUCCCAAGAGUCUGCCACCCUCCCCCUUCAAGGCACCCCUGGUGGUGGAAUGGGCCCCUGGUGUGACGCCCAAGCCUGACAGGGUCACUCUGGGUCGGCAUGUGGAGCUGCUGGUGGAGUCUGUGUUCAAGAACUAUGACCCUGAAGGCCGAGGCACCAUCUCUCAGGAGGACUUUGAGCGACUCUCAGGCAACUUCCCCUUCGCCUGCCACGGGCUUCACCCACCGCCCCGCCAGGGGAGUGGCUCCUUCAGCCGAGAGGAGCUGACAGGGUACCUGCUCCGGGCCAGCGCCAUCUGCUCCAAGCUGGGCCUGGCCUUCCUGCACACCUUCCAGGAGGUCACCUUCCGCAAGCCCACCUUCUGUGGCAGCUGCAGUGGCUUCCUUUGGGGUGUCAUCAAGCAAGGCUACCGCUGUCGGGACUGUGGACUGUGUUGCCACAAACACUGCAGAGACCAAGUGAAGGUCGAGUGUAAGAAGAGGUCAGGGGCUAAGGGCGAUGCAAGCCCCCCAGAAGCCCCUGUCCCACCCACACCAGUUCCCCAUGCUGGCUGUGGCUCCGAGGAUAAUCUCUCCUACACGCUAUCCCUGGAACCUGAGACUGGGUACCACGUUCGCCAUGCUUGGACCCAGACAGAGCCCCCGCACCCCUCCUGGGAACCAGAGACGGUCCCUCUGCCAGCAACGGCCCCACCACCCACCCAGUCCUCCAAGACAAAUUCCUAGACAUUGCCUUAGGUCUCCUCUCUGCACACUCCCUCCCCCAGAGUCAGGCUCAAGUCUUAUUCUUCGGCCUUCAGCAGAACCGCCAAAGGCGUCGCCUCCUUGCCAUCCACACUGCCUUCGUUGAAGCAUCCAUCAUCUCUU